AGAACCCUCCAUGGGCAGAACACACGACCCACGUGAACACGCACUAGAGUGCGUUGAAGGCACGCAACAACUUAGAAUCAAGAUGGCGCCCCAAAUAACAUCAGUUUUCUUUUUACUUUCAUUGUCGUAUUUGACCAAAGGAGCUCUUACACAAUUCAAUUCGGAACAUAUUUUGCUCAACGUUACAACAGCUGGUGAGCACAAUGAAAGUACCCAAAAUCUACAAAUUAGUUUGAACUUUACUUUCGUAGCCAACCAGAGUUACAUUAACGAAAUUCCUGUGGCGUCGGAUGUAACUAGGCUACCCUGUCAAGCUUUACUUUUGGACAGCAACAAUAGCCGCACCACGAAUGCCUCGGGUCUUUACACGUCCUGUGUAAUGCGGGUCCUUGUGGACCAGUUGCAUCUGAGGAGUGAUGGUGGGGAAGAUGUGUUGGUUUUGGUGCUCAAUGAGGAAGUCAUCGAGUUAGAAGGGAAAGGGGUUCAACAGCAAGAUGUGUGUGAAGUAAAACUAAUGGUGAAUGAAAAUGUGGAGUCCCUGACACAGUUCAUCAGCAUAUACCCAAUGUCCAAGAACAAACUCUUCUGGAUAUCAAGAGAAAAUGAUAUUGUCUUGACUAAUCCUCCCAUUAAUAAGAAAGUGGAGGACCAGGUCGUGCUGCACACCACUAGCCACUAUCCGUUUAAGCACGCCGAGACCACCCAGGAGGAGACCGCCGCCCCGGGCAAGCUCCCCGAGACCCCACUGCGCAUGGACCCUGACCUGCUGUAUGACAGUGAGGAAAAGGAGGCUAUAUCCGAUUACCUGCUGCCAGAGUCAUCUCUCCGGGCGUCCAUGUCCUCGUAUAAUGCCAUGUGUGAGUGGGUGGAGCAACUGCGAGAGCGUCUGCGGCGCUUCUGGGCCGAGUCCCUGCCCGUCUUCUUCCUGGUCAUGUGGGUGGUGGUGGUGGGCGUGGUGGGCUCGGCAGUCAUCGUGCGUGUCCUGGACCUGAUCUUCCCCACCUGCGAGCACCCGGGGGUGUUCCAUCUGAAUCCUGCCACACUGAUGCCCGAGGAUGAGAAGUGCACCCUGCUAGAGAACAUUGAAGUAGAGCUGGAGGAGGAGGAGGGAGAGGGCGAGGGGAAUGGAGCCGGAGACCAAGAGAAACAGCAGGCAUAGGGACAGCUGUGGAUCUGCCCUUGGGGCCAAGCGGCAUUCGUUCGGGUAAGCCAGCGUUUCCCAAUUCUGUUGGCCAACACCACAGCUCUGCAUGGUUUGGGGUCUUUCCCAAACCAUACUUGGCUGAACUCAAAGAGAUUGAGCCAAGGCUAAGUCCAUUCUUUCUCUCUCAUACACGGCUUGGAGUUCGGCAACAGGAUGGGGAAACGCAGAGCUAAGGGAAACCAAUGACUUUGUUGUAGCACUUUAAAAAACACAUGUAUAGAUCAACAUUUUCCUCAUUGAUUUUGUUACCAGGAAUUGUGGUCCUUUGUUAUGACACAACUUAGAAUGAUAAUAUAACACUCAAAAUAACCUAUUUAAAACACUUUGUAAAUUUUAAGAAGGGUGGGAUGUAUCUAAUGAUUGUUACCUUUCCGCACCUGCUAAGAUCGAUGUCGUUUAUAGUUACAGCUGAUAAAUAAGUAUUGAAUACCGUUCUUUUAGUGAACUAGAGUCGCAUCUUAGCCAUGAAAUGGCUAAAUCUGGUUCCCCCACCUUUAACUUGAUACAGCGGGGAAAAUAAAUAUUGAACACGUCAACAUUUUUUUCAGUAAGUAUACUUCCAGUGAGGCUAUUUGCAUGAAAUUUUCACCAGACAUUAGUAUUAACUUAGGUAAUCCACACAUAUA